GGUCGGGGGUGUUUUAUUUUGAAAGGACCCUGGUAUUAAAGCAGAGCCAAGAUAGGGAAAUCCGUAACUAGUGAAACAUCCACGGUAAUGUACAAGGUUUAUGCAUCUUAAAAACCUCAGGAAACCCAGCUGAAGAGGCCUUCGCUAUGAGUGUGUGUGUGCAGACAGAGGAGGAAGCCCCUCCCUCUAAAACCACUCCGCCUGAGGAACGCCACGCCCCCUCCAAAGCUCCGAGUCCGGAGCAGCAGCGUCGGCGCAGACCAGACUCUCCCGGACCUGAAUCCAGCUGUGUGUCCUUCAAGUCCAUGGAACCGCCUCUGAUGUUUAAACAACUUCCUUCAGAGAAACGUGUCCCUCAGGGCCCAGACUUUGAGUCCACCAAAAGGUCCAUGAUUGAUCCCAUUGCCUUCGGAGAUGAUCACCACUCUGCUGAAGACGGUUUCCAGGACGUUCCCAGUGGGCAGUCCGUCAAGCUUCAGCCACAGGAUUUGGACUCCAUAUUUAGGACGCUCGAGGAAAGCAUUGCCGCCUACGUGAGGAGCGUGCUGAAAACGUUCCAAACAAUCCUGAGCCGUGGUUACCCAGAAUGCCUAAAGAGUGAGGACGAGGAGGUGUCGAAUGGUGAGGAGGAGGAGGAGGAGGAAGAGAAGAGGAGGAGGAGCAGCCGAGAGGCGUGUCUGAAGAUCACACUGCACUUCCUGAGGGGAAUGAAGCAGGACGAGCUGGCUCAAUCUCUGGAGAGGCGGACCGUUGCUGCGGUUUGUCAACGUCGACUCAAAUCCAACCUGCAGAACCGCUUUCAGUGCGUGUUUGAGGGGAUCGCGAAAGCAGGAAAUCCAACGCUCCUGAAUCAGAUGUACACGGAGCUCUACAUCACAGAGGGAGGGGCCACCGGGGUCAAUGACGAACACGAGGUCAGACAGAUCGAAACGGCAUCCAGGAAGACGGACGCACCGGAGAGAACCAUCAGGUGCGAAGACAUCUUUAAACCCUUACCUGGGAGACCAGUCAGAACAGUGAUGACGAAGGGAGUGGCCGGAAUCGGGAAAACGGUCUCGACGCAGAAGUUCUCUCUGGACUGGGCCGAAGGCAAAGCCAACCAGGACAUCCACCUCACGUUGCCGUUCACGUUCAGGGAGCUGAAUGUGCUGAAGGAGAAAAAGUACAGCUUGGUUGAACUGGUCCACCACUUCUUUCGCGAAACCAAAGAAGCAGAGAUGGGCCAGUUGGACAAGUUCCCGGUCGUCUUCAUCUUUGACGGUCUGGACGAGUGUCGCCAUCCUCUGGACUUCCAGAACAACGAGGUCCUGACCGAUGUUAAUCAGUCCACCUCGGUGGAUGUGCUGCUGACGAACCUCAUCAGCGGGCAACUGCUUCCCCAUGCUCGUCUCUGGAUAACCACACGACCUGCGGCCGCCGAUCUGAUCCCCCCCCAGUGGGUGGACAUGGUCACCGAGGUCAGAGGGUUCACUGACCCACAGAAGGAGGACUACUUCGGGAAGCGAUUCGGAGUACCGGAGCCGUCCGGCAGAAUCGUCUCCCACAUCAAGAAAUCGCGAAGCAUCCACAUCAUGUGCCACAUCCCAGUCUUCUGCUGGAUCACUGCUACAGUUCUGGAGGACGUGUUGAAGACCAGAGAGGGAGGAGAGCUGCCCAAGACCCUGACUGAGAUGUACACCCACUUCCUGGUGGUUCAGACCAAACUGAAGAACAUCAAGUUUGAUGGAAGAGCUGAGAGGGAUCCACACUGGACUCCGGAAAACAGGGAGAUGAUUGUCUCUCUGGGAAAACUGGCUUUUGAGCAGCUGCAGAAAGGGAACCUGAUCUUCUACGAAUCCGACCUGAUGGAGUGUGGCAUCGAUAUCAGAGCGGCCUCAGUGUACUCAGGGGUGUUCACGCAGAUCUUUAAAGAGGAGAGUGGACUGUACCAGGACUCGGUGUUCUGCUUCGUCCAUCUGAGUGUUCAGGAGUUUCUGGCGGCUCUUCAUGUCCAUCUGACCUUCAUCAACUCUGCUGUCAAUCUGCUGUCAGAAGAAGAAACCAUCUCCUCGUGGUGGAGGUUUCUAUUCAGAAACAAACCUGAACCAACACAUCUCUACCAGAGUGCUGUGGACAUGGCCUUGAAGAGUCCAAAUGGACACCUGGACUUGUUCCUCCGCUUCCUCCUGGGUCUUUCUCUGCGGACCAAUCAGAACCUCCUACAAGGUCUGAUGACGCCGAUGGGGGGAAGCUCAGCGACCGAUCAGGAAACAGUCGAGUACAUCAAGAAGAAGAUCAGUGAGAAUCCGUCUCCAGAGAGAAGCAUCAAUCUGUUCCACUGUCUGAAUGAAAUGAAUGACCGUUCUCUAGUGGAGGAGAUCCAACAGUACCUGAGUUCAGGAAGCCUCUCCACAGAUAAACUGUCUCCUGCUCAGUGGUCGGCUCUGGGCUUCAUCCUGCUGUCAUCAGAGAACGAUCUGGACGUGUUUGACCUGAAGAAAUACUCUGCUUCAGAGGACGUUCUCCUGAGGCUGCUGCCUUUGGUCAAAUCCUCCAACAAAGCUCUGCUGAGUGGCUGUAAUCUGUCAGCGAGAAGCUGUGAAGUUCUGGCCUCACUUCUCAGCUCCCAGUCCUCCAGUCUGAGAGAGUUGGACCUGAGUAACAACGACCUGGAGGAUUCAGGAGUGAAGCUGCUCUCUGCUGGACUGGAGAGUCCUCACUGCACACUGGAGACUCUCAGGCUGUCGGGCUGUCUGAUCACAGAGGAAGGCUUCACCUCUCUGGCCUCCGCUCUGAAAUCCAACCCCUCCCACCUGGGAGAGCUGGACCUGAGCUACAACCAUCCAGGAGACUCAGGAGUCAAGCUGCUGUCUGCUGGACUGGAGGAUCCAGUCUGGAGGCUGGAAACGCUCAGAGUGGAACAGGGAGGAGAGCAGUGGCUGAGACCUGGUCUGAGGAAGUACGCCCGUGACCUCACACUGGACGCACACACAGCAAACAGACACCUCCAGCUGUCGGACAACAACCGGAAGGUGACACACGGGAGAGAGAAGCAGCCGUAUCCCGAUCAGUCGGAGAGGUUCGACUACUGGUAUCAGGUGAUGUGCACAAAGGGUCUGACUGGUCGCUGUUACUGGGAGGUCGAGUGGAGCAGAAGGAUUGACAUCGCAGUGACCUACAGAAGAAUCGAGAGGAAAGGAAAAACCAACGACUGCAGGUUCGGUGGGAACAGUCAGUCCUGGUGUCUGUUUUGCUCCGAUGUUGACGGCUACUCCGUCAGUCACAAUGACGGUAGUACAGACCUCCAUCACUCCUCCUCCUCCGCCCCCUCCUCCUCCAACAGAGUAGGGGUGUAUGUGGACUGGCCUGCCGGCACGCUGUCCUUCUACAGAGUCUCCUCCGACACACUGGUCCACCUCCACACCUUCAGCACCACAUUCACCGAGCCUCUUUACCCCGGGUUUGGGUUCUGGUUGUCUGAAACCUCGGUGUCUCUGUGUUCACUGGAGGAGGGAGAUUCUCCUGCUGUGCUCAGUGAGAGAUGUGAAGCCACGAUGACGUCAGAGGACCUUUUGAACACUCUGGAGGAUUUGAGAGACGAUGAAUUUAAGGACUUCCACUGGCAUCUGCAGCAGCACGACAUCCUGGAAGGCUACCAACCCGUCAGAGUGUGUAAGCUGGAGAAGGCAGAAAGGCGGGACACUGUGGAUCUGAUGCUGAACACCUUUAAACGUCACGGAGCUCUGAAGGUGACCAAGAAGGUUUUGGAGAAGUUAAACAGGAAUGAUCUGGUCCAGAUUCUAACAGACGCCAGCUCAGGACCAGAAGCUUCAGAGAAUGUUAUUGAUGUUGGAGAGACUUCAGAGAACAAAGGAACUUCCUGCUCUCAGAUUGAAGAUGUGAUUGUUCCAGUACCAGAGCCACGGCACAUCUCAUAUUACCAACACUUGCUUCAAUCACACCUCCAGGAUGAGUUCAUGUGUGCACAAGAGGGCUGGGCCCAGAAGAAGGAUGAGCAGCGCCUCGAUGAUAUCUACACAGAGCUGUACAUCACGGUGGGGGGUGACGUACACAUCAACAUGCAGCAUGAGGUCAGGCGGAUUGAGGCGGCGGUGGUGAAGCCAGCAGGAACAGAGAAACCAAUCAAACCGUGUGACAUGUUCCAACACCCCUCUGGAAGAUAUAAACCCAUGAGGACAGUGCUGACCAAUGGAAUUGCAGGAAUUGGCAAAACAUUUCUUGUGCGCAAGUUUGUGUUGGACUGGGCUGAGGGAAAAGCCAAUCAAGAUGUGCAAUUCAUUUUCCCCUUGACCUUCCGCCAGCUGAAUUUAUGGAAGGGAGAAAGGUUUUGUUUGUCAGAACUCAUUCAUAAAUGUAUCACGGAGACCAGAGACAUCAAGGAAGAAGCUCUUAAUCACAUCUUUACAACUCUGCAGUCAUCAGGAAACACCAACUAUGACAAGAGUGAAUUCAAACUUAUGUUUGUUUUGGAUGGACUGGAUGAGAGCCGGCUUAAUCUGGACUGCUCUACCUGUGAAAAUCAGGCCGUCAACAUUGACGUGACAGCGUCCACCUCAGUGGAUGUGAUGAUGACGAACCUCAUCAAGAAGAAACUGCUGCCCUCUGCUCGCCUCUGGAUAACCACACGACCUGCCGCAGCCAAUCAGAUCCCUUCUGAUUUUGUGGACAUGGUGACAGAAGUCAGAGGGUUCACUGACCCACAGAAGGAGGAGUACUUCAGGAAGAGAUUCAGAGACGAGGAGCAGACCAGCAGAAUUAUCUCCCACAUCAAGACCUCACCAAGCCUCCACAUAAUGUGCCACAUCCCAGUCUUCUGCUGGAUCACUGGUACAGUUCUGGAGGAUGUGAUGAAGACCAGAAAGGGAGGAGAGCUGCCCAAGACUCUGACUGAGAUGUAUGCAGAAUUCCUGGUCUUUCAGAUUCAUCAGACAAACAAGAAGUAUGACCAAAAUAAAUGCAUUCAGUGCAUUAAGUCAUUAGCAAAACUGGCUUUCCGCCAACUGGAAGAGGGUAACCUGAUCUUCUACGAGAAAGAUCUCAAAGAGAGUGGCAUUGAUGUCAGUGGAGCCUCGGUAUGCUCAGGAGUGUUCACAGAGAUCUUCAAAGAGGAACGUGGGAGGAAGAGUGAUGAAGACAAGAUGUUUAGCUUUGUCCAUCUGAGUGUUCAGGAGUUUUUGGCAGCUUUCUAUGUCGUGAAGGCAGUCAUUAACAAACACAAGAAUGUGAUGUGUGAGCCAGGGAAGAAAAGUGGUGAACAAAUACGAAUGGUUUUCAGCAAAACCUCUAUGACUGAGGUCCACAAAUUUGCUAUUCACAUGGCCUUGAAGAGUCCGAAUGGACACCUGGACCUGUUCCUCCGAUUCCUCCUGGGUCUUUCACUGCAGACCAAUCAGACUGGUCUACGAGUCCUACUGAAAAACAAAAAAAGCUCAGCGGACGAUCAGGAAACAGUCGAGUACAUCAAGAGAAAGAUCAGUGAGAAUCCGUCUCCAGAGAGAAGCAUCAAUCUGUUCCACUGUCUGAAUGAAAUGAAUGACCGUUCUCUAGUGGAGGAGAUCCAACAGUACCUGAGUUCAGAAGGUCUCUCCACAGAUAUACUGUCUCCUGCUCAGUGGUCGGCUCUGGUCUUCAUCUCACUGUCAUCAGGAAAUGAUUUGACUUUGUUUGACCUGAAAAAAUAUUCUGCUUCAGAGGAGGCUCUUCUGGGGCUGCUGCCUGUGGUCAAAGCCUCCAACAAAGCUCUGCUGAGUGGCUGUAAUCUGACAGAGAGAAGCUGCGAAGCUCUGUCGUCACUUCUCAGCUCCCAGCCCUCCAGUCUGAGAGAGUUGGACCUGAGUAACAACAACCUGAAGGAUUCAGGAGUGAAGCUGCUCUCUGCUGGACUGGAGAGUCCUCACUGCACACUGGAGACUCUCAAAUUGAGUCUAUCCAAGCUCACAAAUAAUUGCUGUCAAGAGCUCUCCUCAGUCCUCAGCUCCCAGUCCUCUAGUCUGAGAGAGUUGGACCUGAGUAACAACUACCUGCAGGAUUCAGGAGUGAAGCUGCUCUCUGCUGGACUGGAGAGUCGUCACUGCACACUGGAGACUCUCAGGCUGAGUGGCUGUAAUCUGACAGAGCUAAGCGGUGAGGUUCUGUCCUCAGCUCUCAGCUCAGAGUCCUCCAGUCUGAGAGAGCUGGACCUGAGUAACAACGACCUGGAGGAUUCAGGAGUGAAGCUGCUCUCUGCUGGACUGCAGAGUCCUCAAUGCAAACUGGAGACUCUCAGGUUGAGUCAAACCAGGCUUACAAAGACCUGUUGUCGGGAGUCCUCACAAGUCCUCAGCUCCCAGUCCUCUAGUCUGAGAGAGUUGGACCUGAGUAACAACGACCUGGAGGAUUCAGGAGUGAAGCUGCUCUCUGCUGGACUGGAAAGUCCACGCUGCACACUGGAGACUCUCAGGCUGUCGGGCUGUCUGAUCACAGAGGAAGGCUUCACCUCUCUGGCCUCCGCUCUGAAAUCCAACCCCUCCCACCUGGGAGAGCUGGACCUGAGCUACAACCAUCCAGGAGACUCAGGAGUCAAGCUGCUGUCUGCUGGACUGGAGGAUCCAGUCUGGAGGCUGGAAACGCUCAGAGUGGAACACGGCGGAGAGCCGAGGCUGAGACCUGGUCUGAGGAAGUACGCCUGUGAACUCACACUGGACACAAGCACAGCCAACGUAAACCUCAAACUGUCUGACGACAACCGGAAGGUGACUGCAUUGACGGAGGAGCAGCCGUACCCCGAUCACCCACAUAGGUUCGACUUCUGGCCUCAGCUGAUGUGUAGAAAGGGUCUGACUGGCCGCUGUUACUGGGAGGUCGAGUGGAGAGGAAGGGUUUAUAUAUCAGUGACUUACAUAGGAAUCAAGAGGACAGGAAGCAGGUCUUGCUGCAGGUUCGGAAAGAACGAUCGCUCCUGGAGUCUGUUGUGUUCUGACGUCGAAGCUUAUUCUUUCUGGCACAACUCGAAAAGCACACGUCUCCUCUCCUCCACCUCUUCCUCCUCCUCCUCCUCCUCCUCCUCCUCCUCCUCCUCCUCCAACAGAGUAGGGGUGUAUGUGGACUGGCCUGCUGGCACGCUGUCCUUCUUCAGAGUCUCCUCCGACACACUGGUCCACCUCCACACCUUCAGCACCACAUUCACUGAGCCUCUUUAUCCCGGGUUUGGGUUUGGGCUUGGGUCAUUCUCAUAUAGUCCCUCAGCAUCGCUGUGCUCUCUGUAAGAGUGGGGAGUCUACUCUUACAGAUAAAACACACACACACACACACACACUUUUUUUUUUUUUCUCACGUUGUGCUAAAAAAUUACAAGAAAAUAUCUUUGUCUCUUUUUGCUCUCCAGCUAAUGGAGAAUGUCUGUGAAAAAAAAUAAAAAAAUUAACUUGAACCUGA